AUGAAGAAUUGCGAAUCUAAGAUCAAAUCUUUGGAAAGUGAGAAUUCACAAUUACGUCAAGAACAAGCUCACAUUACAAACAAAAAUAACGAGUAUAAAAAAAUACUCCAUGCUAAAGUCAAAAACCUACAAAUGGAAGUACAAAGUAAAGAGUCUGAAAUCAAGGGAAAGUCCACACUUUUAGAUAAAGAAAAAGAUGAAAACGAAAAAUUAAGGGAUGCUUCGAAGGAACAAACAAAAUACAAAGAGCCCGGAACUCGAUUCGACAGGUUUCAGGACGCAAAACAACCAUUGUGUGACACCUGA